UGAGACGAUCGUGACGCACGUGCGCCGGCAGACGUGCAGUGGCGCGGUCCUGACGGCCGCGCAGCGUGCGUUCUCAGACUCCGCGACAAUGAACGCCCUUACCGGAGCGCUGGGCGCAUUCUGCUUGAUUUUGAGCCUGGAGGCCACGGACCUCAACCAAUCGUUCGACAAACUGGCACUAGAUGCCGCUGCAGACAGCCAGCGAGACGAUAGCACCAGCGCGGCACCAGGCGGCGCGCAGUCGCGUGCGGCGAGAGACACGCACUCGUCGCUCAUCAGUCAGAUGGCAGAGCCGGGCGUCUUCUCCGAGUCCCUCUCCAGCCCGCGCUUGGUGGAUGUGACCUCCGUCCCGACGCCGGCCCCGGCGCGGUCCGCUAAGCCGUCGCUGUUCGACGCCAUGCCGGACCGGGGCGCCAGUGCCGACUUCCCGGUGACGUUCUCCCCCCUGCAGCUGGACGAGCAGUACGGUCCGCCCAGCGUGCCGUUCGGCGCCGCAGACGCCGCCUACGGGCAGAGCUCGGACGCGGCGCUGGCGGGCCUGAUCCGGCGCUACCUCGGCGCCAGCGCCGGCCGAGCUGCUUCGGCAGCGCCCGCCGAUCAGCGCGGCUCCCCGGCAGCUCCCGCCAGCGCCUUCAAGAGCCCAGGAGCUGCGGCAGGCCCGCGGCCGCUACCGGAGACCUACGGUCUUCCACAGCAGGCGACUCCUGCUGCGUUCUCGGUCCAGCCACCCAGCCCCGCGCCCAGUCCAGUACAGAGCUACGUCGCACCGCUAACCACGUUCACCACGUACACAGUGCAAGCGCCUGGCGCAGCUCCUAUCCCCGCACAGAGCUAUAACAUCCCCCAGGCGGCUCCUGUACCAGUCCAGAGCUACAGCUUACCCCAGGCGGCUCCUGCACCAGUCCAGAGCUACAGCUUGCCCCAGGCGGCACCUGCACCAGUCCAGAGCUACAGCUUACCCCAGGCGGCACCUGCACCAGUCCAGAGCUACAGCUCACCCCAGGCAGCACCCAUCUUGUACUCGGCGCAGCAGCCGGGUACAGUUCUCACCCCGGCGGGCGCCGCGCCCGUGCAGAGCUACGGCUCGCCUGCGAGACAGUCCCCCGUGCUGGCCGUGGCGGCGCCAACACUGCAGCAGCCGGCGGCCACCUACAGCGUCGUUCAGCAGCCGAGCCUGUCCGUCCCCAGUCCAGCGCCAUCCUUCGUCGUCCAGAACCCCGUCGCCGCCGUGCCCCACUCGUACAGCACCCCUGCGCGGAACCCGCUGCUCACCCCGCAGCUGGCGUACGUCACACCCGUGGGCGGAGGCGCCCUCGGCGUGCAGCGUGACAGCAGCCGCGGGAGCGACUCGAGCAAGGGGCUUGUCAUCUCGCUGGGCGGCGCCUCGAUCCAGCUGGGAGGCGACUCGGGUACCAGCAUCCGAUUAGACGCGGGAGGCCGCUCGAGCAGGGACGAAGGCGCGUCAGGAGCGGGCAGCAGCAUCACCAUCAUCGCCGGCGGGGCGGCGGCGCAGGCCGCUCCGUCUGCGCCUGUACCGCCACCCAGGACGGGCUUUGCCGCACGGUCCAAUCGGAACGAUGCCCCGAGGGAUCCGCCGGCACCGCCCUCCUCGUACGGACCCCUCUCGAGACCCACCGUCCUCCCUACUCACCGCCGGCGGCGGCGCCGGUGA